UCUCGUGACAAUGCCUGAAAUAACGAAGCCAGCGCCCAAGAAGGGCUCCAAGAAAGCGGUGGCGAAGGCCCCCGGUAAGGGCGGAAAGAAGAGGAGAAAGUCCAGGAAGGAGAGCUACGCCAUCUACGUGUACAAGGUGCUGAAGCAGGUCCAUCCCGACACUGGGAUCUCCUCCAAGGCCAUGGGCAUCAUGAACUCCUUCGUGAGCGACAUCUUCGAGCGCAUCGCCGGUGAGGCCUCUCGUCUGGCUCAUUACAACAAGCGCUCCACCAUCACUUCCAGGGAGAUUCAGACCGCCGUCCGCCUGCUGCUGCCCGGGGAGCUGGCUAAACACGCCGUGUCUGAGGGCACCAAGGCCGUGACCAAGUACACCAGCUCCAAGUAAACAACUUUGCGGAGACAUCAAACCAAUGCUCUUCAGGGUUCCCACGCUUGCCUUGAAAAAAAAUUCCAUGCUACCUCCUGGUUUUCCAGGUACCAUAUUAAGUGAUGAUCUAUAGGCCCCUGAAGCUUUCUCACCCCAAAUGUUCCUAUUUAGUAGUAUCAUUUUUUUUAAAGAAAAAAAAGAAAAAUCACAAAAUAGCUAAAAGUAGAUAUAAGAUUGACUAGUAUAGAAGUAAUGUCACAGCCUAAUGUGAAAAUGUAUUGGUAGUUAGCUAGCAAUGCAAGCUAACUACCAAUACCAACUACGAAGAUUGCACUGCAUGUGCUUGCUAACCAUCAUUAAUGAAUCCAAAUUCAAAACAAGCUCCCCUAAAUGUGGUGAAUAACACGGUUUUAGGAAAAGUCAAUGAGUGAAAUACAGAUGGGGAUCAAACAUAGUUCUAGUAUUUUAAAAGCAAGGUAAAAAUUACCUAAACAAUUAUAUUGUAAGCUGCUAGCUAGCAAGUUGCAGUUAGCUAGUUGGGAAGAUUGCACUGCUUACUAACUAACGUCGAUAAACCCAGGUUUACCAGACAGUUAAAACACAGCUACUUACAUUUUAACUUGCAUAAGAAGUUUCACUGUAGAUGUCAAGGCUCCCGUGUUGGCUGGAAAUGCAUGUAUUUGACCCUUCUAUUGAGAUUGCGAGUAAUGUUUCUCGGUUAUUAUUCCCGAAGUCCACCAAUCCGAAACUAUACUUUUAAAGUCCAUAUCACCAGGUUUCCUGCAUCGAAUUCCAACAUCAAAUAUACCAGAUAGGAUGCCAAGAGCAUGUUCUACAACAUGGGAUCAUCCAUUUCUAUCUACAGUGAAAAGCUGUUCACAUGUAAAGGGUUUUAAUAAAUUCAUCUUAAUUCUGUGCUCAAUAGUUUAAUUAUAUUACUAUUUUACACAUCGAUAACAUUUUCCAGGACAACUGUUUCAAUUUCAAUGUGAGUGUUAACUUUUGCUCAGUUUCCAUGACUUUUCCAAACCUGGAAAAUGAAAACAUAAAUUCCAUGUUUUCCAUGGUUUCCAGGUACCGUGGGAACCCUGCUCUUUUAAGAGCCACACACUUUCUCUAUGGAGACAAACUGUCCUGACUCUAACGAGAUGUCCAUCAAUAUGUAAACAGCCACUCUUAACUAAUAGUGUAACCUUGGUGAAUUAAAUUGAAGAAGAUAAUCCUGUUGAAUACCUCCUGCAUAACCUCUACAAUUGAAAAGAAUUGCUUUUAAAUCCAAUAGCAGUUUUCUACUGCAGGACGUGUUGUCCUCUCUCUCUCAAAUCAGUGAUCUGCCACAUCCUCUCCAGCUGCUAUGAUAACAGUUUAAAAAAAGGUAUUUGAUAAUUAAACCAUGGAGCUAAUCUCCUGAGGUUAACAUUUGUGUUGUUGCCGACACAUGACUGUGACUUCAAGGUCAGAGGAAUCCUUUUUUUAAAGCGGUAUUAUCAAUUAUCAGUAUUAUCAAUCUUGACAAAUGUGUGUGCUUACUACUCUGUGAAUAUUGGGCAACCUUGAGUGAAAAACAGUGGUCAAACCAAUAUUAGUAUUUUUCGCUUAGCCCUCCUGUUUUACUGAAAUUGUAUUAUUAUUUAAUUUUUUUGGAAAAUCGUAACGUAUAUGUAAAUUUCAAGUGUGUUUUUUUUCAUGAAGUACUACAUUAAGAAAGUAUUUUUGAAUGCUUCAAAUAACAUGUUUACAUGCUACUAUUUACCCACAGCAAUCUACACAAACACAUUCACAUACUGCACAUGUGUGUACAUUCUGGAUACAGUGUGUUGGUUGACACUAAAGCCUUCAUUUGUAAUAUGAAUAUGGUUUUGGUAACAUAUGGAGAGGUUGACUGAGAUCAAACUCAUGAGACAAAAAGUUUUCAAAAACAUUUGACAGGUUUUAAUGAUUAUUUUAUACAAAUGAUGAUUCAAAUAAUAUACAUAAACAUGUAUCCUAGUGUUAAUGUGAAGAGCAAGAGUUGGUAUCUACUAAAUCAGACAGCAGAGACAAUGCAAAUUCCACUAAAGCAUAAACAUAUUCUACAAACUAAAUGAUACAACCUGUUGACUUUUUGUUUUAAAUGAGAGAAAUGUGCCAAAAUAUUAAUUGGAUCAUUGCUUGAAGUGAAUAUUUAGAUAAAUGGACUUUUUCAACAUGGAUGUGAAAUGAAGUCCUAAUUAUAGAAUGACUCUCCAGCAUCCUCAGCAUGACACGUUCACAGCUCUGAUAGGAAGUCUGGCUCAACUUCACCAGGAGCCUCGGCCAUCAGCGGUGUGUCUGCUGCCUGCACAAUCACUUGACUUUAUUACAAAGGGAUCAUCAGCAGGUGCUGGAUUUUACUCGGUUUCUCUGAACAAACAUGUGAAGCAGCUGGGAAACGGGUUUUGGUGGAGCUGUGGUGCUUUUAACUCAUUUUAGGAGAGAAAUGAGUGGGAAAAGGACAUUGAUGUGGUUGCCUUGGAAAUCAAUGCAAGUACAAUUGCAGUGACAGGGAUCCAUCCGGGUCUAUGUCGUUGGGGUAUAAAUGUCUUGUUAAUGAGUGAGUCUACUGCAACUGUUACAAUUAUGUUCAAGGCUGCAAAUAUAUUUCACUUGUGUAUAAGAGCUCCAAUCCCUGGGGGACAUGUUUUUUGCCAAAGACAACAUUUUAGAUAACUUAUACUGUUUAAUAAAUGUUUGCCCCGAGUAGAUCAGUCUCUCAGAAAAGGCUAGGUCUGACCAUGGUUCCAAUUAACAGGUGAAGUGAAAGUAGCAAUAUUAAUGAUUAUAUUAACAGCAGGCCAGGUCUUAGCUUGCAUACUU